AUGGCGGUCUGCAAAGAUGACCAAUCACGAGAGUGGAACAGCCAUACCAAUACAAGUUUGGAAGUAGAGAGAGAGGAGCGUCUUGGAACAAAAAAAAGCCUACAAAAGCAGGGACUUAAAGUCAGUCAAAGAUCAGUGAGAGAAAAAUUCGAAAAGAUGAUGAAAGAACACWUAGCCAGGGAAUCGGAAGAAGCGAAAGCAAGUGGAAUCGAAACAGAAUAUGAUGAGAUAAGGCAGGCAAUGACAGAUACUAAAGAACGAAUAGACGAAUUUGAAGAAUCCAGAAGUGCCGAAARCGAGAAGAAGCAAAAGGAAAAGCAUGCUGCAGAAGAAAUGAGAAAGAAAGCUUCUGAAAAGCUUAAAGAAACACAAAAUCCAAGAAGAGCAAAACGAGGUGAGGCUGAAAGAGAUUGAGAUAAGAGCAGCUGAACUGAAACAACAACAAGAAUU